AUGAAUUCCGAACUGGAUUCGGAUGUGCAAGAACCGUUUUCAGAUUCUGGUUCUGAAUAUAUACCAUCGAGUGAAGGAGAAUCGUCAACGUCGUCGUCAUCAUUGCAAAUACUUUCCACAUCAACAUUCAGUGAUAACAACGAAAGUCUUGAAAGUCACUUAUCAUUUACAGUUGAAAAUGGCUUUGUGCUCAAAGACAUAUUAAAAAAGUCCAGUCAUGAAGUUUGGAAGCAAUUUGGCGUUUUGUAUAAAGUCAAUCGACUCAUAUCCAAGACGAAAGACCGUAUAUUCUGUAGAAAAUGUUUCGAUAAAAGCAUCAUUAAAAGCUAUGCGAAUACAACAAGUGCGACGGUUUUAAUACAGCAUUUGGCACAUGAACAUCGAGUGCAGGUUUCAUCGGACCGAAUCGAAGUAAAACAGCGUAAAUUGUCUGAAGUUUUUACUCAAAAGAAAAAAGAGGUGACAAAGGGACAAUUGGGAGAAAAAUUCAUAUUUGCUCGCAGGCUAUUGGUGUGGUUUUGUCGGGAUCUCUUGCCAUUUAAUGUAGUGAGUAAACCUGGUUUCCUCGACUUUUUCAAGUCUUUAAAUCGGAAAGGUGAUGAUAUUCCAUCUCGAACCACAAUCUCAAAUAUGGCCCUUGAUGACAUGUUUUCUAUUCUCAAGAAAAAAUUGAUUAGUAAUUUGAAAGAGACACAAGAUCACUGUUGUAUUUCAUUUGAUAUGUGGACGGAUAACUACAGACGCAUUUCAUAUAUAACAUAUACUUGUCACUAUAUAACUUCUGAAUGGAAGCUUCAGAGCCGAGUAUUAAAGACGUCGAUGUUUGAACAUCCACACACAUGUAGUAGAAUUGCGGAAAAUUUUCAUUCAAUGAUUUCGGAAUAUGCCAUAGAACAAAAAGAGAUCAUAGCUAUAACCGAUGGAGCUUCGAACGUUAUUGGAGCCGUAGAUCAAAUGGGACUUAAAAGAAUCCCAUGUAUCGCACACAAAAUAAACAGAUUAAUUCAAUACGAUUUGCUGAUAAAAGGUCAAGACAUUGAUGAAGUAACAGAGGUCAUAAGAAAGGUGCGUCGAAUUCAAAAGGCUUUGCUGUUUAGCUACGGUGCACUGAUAAAAAUUGCAAAAGGUGAAAGACAAAGGCAAGUUUUAGAGUUGCUGGAAGAAAUAACAAAUAUCGAAGAUGCACUCGAUGCCGAUGAACGUUUUAGUAUCCAAGAAUUAACCAGAGGUCCAGUUGGCGUUGAUGGUUUAAAAAGCAUUAGCAAUGUUCGAUGGAAUUGUAUUCAUAAAAUAUGCAGUGCUCACUUUAAAAAUGCAGAUAUCGUCAGAAAGUGCCUUGAACAACGUGAAGAAUAUGACCUAAUUUUAACACGUUCAGAAAUUAAGUUGCUUGAACGAUUAGCUGAUGUACUGGAUGUCUUCAAUACAUUCACCAAGUACAUACAAGGCAAUAGCUAUCCAACAUUAAAUUCACUAAUUUUAUUCUACGUGGAAAUUAAGCAGGGCUUGGAGCAAAUUCAACGUCGUAAUAUUUGUGAAAUAAUUUCAAAAGUCGUGGACAUUCUCCUGAAAAAUUUGGACCAUCGCUUCGAACUUACGGAUUUAUGUGUAGCUGCUGCCGUGUUAGACCCAUCAACACAACAUUUACCUCUCAUUGAUACGUGGUUAAGUGAUAAAGAGUUUUCAAGGGAGCAGCUUCUUCAAAGGAUAGUCACCGAGUUUAAAAUUAAGUUGCCAAAUACAAGCGUAUCAAUCCAAUCAGAUAUACAGCCUCAAAUUGAUCCAGCGCAACCAUCAAACGAUGUGCAGAAUCGAAAUAUGACUUUACGUGAAAAACUAUUGACACGUCAUGUUCCAAUUCGUAGCACAGAAAACUCUAUUGAUUCUGAAUUGAAUCGCCUUCAUGAAGUUCGAGAUAUCUAUAAUGAUGCAUUGGACUUCUGGUUGAAAUUUGGUGAACACUAUCCAAACCUAUCAACGAUCGCGAAGGUUUUAUUUUCAAUACAAGCGACCACUGCAACAGCAGAAAGUUCUUUUUCUUUUGCGGGCAAUGUGAUUAAAAGUCAACGUGCCACCAUCGAUCCAUUCAAAGUCGAAAAAGUUCUGUUUAUACAUGAUAAUUAUGAUUUACUAACAUUGUGAUAAAAAAAUCAUUCAAAUCAUAGUGUUUGGCGUUUCUAUUUGUUUAUAUCGCGAUCAAAAUAUUUAAUUAAAG